UGUGACGAUAACAGGUGAACAACUGAUGUGCUGAACCGUGUCAGUAUUGCUCUUCACAAUUCAACAACAUAACUAGAGGAUACACAGCACUGUAAACUAUGACAAAAGUUGCACUCGUGACUGGUUCCAAUAAGGGUAUUGGAUUAGCAAUUGUGCAGUCGCUUUGCAAGCAGUAUGGCGGUGAUGUUUACCUCAGUUCCCGAGAUGUUGGCCGUGGCACAGCGGCUGUGGAGAAACUGCAAUCAGAAGGGCUGAAACCCUUCUUCCGUCAGCUUGACAUCACUGACCCAGAAAGUGUGCGUGCGGCCCGAGACUUCUUUAAAGAGAAAUAUGGUGGAGUUGAUGUGCUCAUUAACAAUGCUGGGAUGGCCUUUAAAGUUGCUGAUACUACACCCUUUGGAACCCAAGCUAAGGUGACCCUCAAAACAAACUUUUUUGCCACAAGAGACAUGUGCAAUGAGUUUCUCCCAAUCAUCAAACCAGGGGGGAGGGUGGUGAACGUGUCAAGCAUAAUGAGCUCCAUAGCACUGAACCGCUGCUCCCCUGAACUCCAGGCCCGCUUCCGUAGCAGUGACAUUACAGAGGAGGAGCUGGUGGGGCUGAUGGAGAGGUUUGUCAAGGAGGCGCAGGAUGGGGUGCACUCCAAAGGAGGCUGGCCCGACACAGCCUAUGGGAUAUCCAAAACGGGCGUCACCGUGCUCUCAAGGAUCCAUGCCCGCAAGCUGAGGCAGGAGAGACCAGCCGAUCAAAUCCUCCUGAACGCUUGCUGCCCCGGCUGGGUUCGGACGGACAUGGCCGGACCGAAAGCCACCAAGUCACCAGAAGAGGGCGCCAUCACCCCUGUCUACCUGGCUCUGCUUCCAGCAGGGGCAGAGGAGCCUCACGGGCAGUUUGUGUCUGACAAGAUGGUCCAACCAUGGUGAUGAGUAGGUCAUGGGUAGUGUGUUCUGCAGUGGUAUUCAGAGUUUGACAGUUCGGUUCUCUCAGAAUGGGGAUGCUAUUCACUCUAAACAUUAUUCUGCAUGCUAUUUACUCUGUUGACAGACAGUACCAAAGGAACAUUUUCAAAUUUGGUAUUACAAAAACAAUCUAAUCUCUGUAAUUGUAUUUUUAAAUACAUUUUACAAUCCAUAUAGUUAUGUAUCAUGACUACAGAUUGGCUUAUUCCUGUAGAAAAUCCUGUACAUUUAGUCGUAAUGUCAUGUCAUUUAAUCACUUUUUGAUUUUCACCCCUGUUUGUCUUAUUGUGGACUAAUAAAGAUUCAGCUUGUGGAAUUAU